GAGCCCACUGGCGUCAGGACGCCAGCCUCUCAUCCAGCCUCCUAUCUACGCGAAGGACGCAUCUCUGUACAUAGCGCGUUCGACCAGAGCACCAGCGGGUUCAUGGCCACAACAUACUGCAGCACGACAAGCGAGGGACACGCAGGCGCGGAGCUAGCCAAGGAUAAUCGGGAGCUGAAGCAAGAUGCUGCCGACCACCUCGGGCGCAGCGCCGAGGAUGUAAGCACCUGUCGUCGCUCCAAAAUCCAACCGCAAUUGACCCUGAGCCGCAACAGCUCCACCGACGAGGCGCAGCUCGAAUCCGGUAUAUCUCCCGAGUCGCGUUUUUGACGCCUGAGAGAAAACCGCGUCGUUUCGUUUCGCGCGCGCUGCCAAACGCGACACACACACACACCGACGGGUUCGCGCGCGCCUGCGCGACGGCGGGGGUGCUCCACACCUCAAACACACACCGAUAGCCGCGCCCGGGCGAAACCGUUACGCGAACCCGCAACGCAGGCCGCUGGUCCGCCCAGGAGCACGCGCGCUUCGUCGACGGCCUCGAGAAGUACGGCCGCCGCAAGUGGAUCCGCAUCGCGGAGCACGUCGGCACGCGCACGGUCAUCCAGGUCCGCUCCCACGCGCAGAAGUACUUUAAAAAACUAAGAAGGGCGGCGCAGCCGCCACCAGCUAGAAAAGUGUCGUCCGACGACGAGGUGAGUCUGGCGCGGGCCGCCGCCGUGCCGAACUUGGACGCGCGGCCGCAGCUCGCGUUAUUAACCGCGGCGGCCAAGUUGUUGGACGGCGUCGCCGAGCGGCCGGCGGCGCGCGCGCCCAUCGAAAUGGAGCGCAAGCGCGCGCGCUCCGACGACUCGGACGAAUCAUUUGUUCGAGGCGUGUCGCCCGACGCCGGCCUGCCGGCCUGCGUGUCGUCCGACACCCUGCACGUCGUCGGCGGCAACAACACGCCGCCGUCGCCGCCGCGCGCCCUGCACGGCCCCGUCGUGUCGAACGCGGACCUGCCCGACCUCGCCAAGCGGCGCAAGGUCGACGAGCCCUCGCCGGCGCCGGCGCAAGCCCUUGCCGCGUGACCACCAUUCCACGCGCGAAUUCCACGUCGCUCUCGGCAGCGACGACCCCUAUCCCCUCUAGUUCCAGCGGGAAGGAAGGAAGCCAUAAAAAGUGUUCUAGAUUCUUUCUUCUACUCCCGGGUUGCUCCGCGCGUCGAUGGCGUAUUGGGUUGCCCGUCAAGGCUGGCCAGCGGCUGAACCCUCUAGCUGCAGUGGUCCCCACCACGCCGUCGCCGACUCUAUCGCUGCGUGACCCGCGUCGCCGCGGGCCACGUCUUGGCCGUCGACCUCGACGCCAUCGACGCAACCAAAAUAUAAACAUAAAAC